GGCGGGGUGAGUGGGCGUCCGUCUACUUCAGCACUCCUCCUGUGGCUCGACCGAGGAGCGAGAGCGAGAGAGUUGAGGCAAAAUCAGAAGCUCCCGGGCUGCAUGCCAGGGUGGAGGGACGAUGAAGCCCCAUGGACUUGAGACAUGAGGGGAUAAGAGUGGGUCCACUUGCGCUCAUCUUGUCGGCGCUGUCGGCUUUACAGGUAGAAAGUGCGUUUUUUUUUCCACGGCAAGUCAACCGGGAGCACAAACAAACAAACACAACAAAAAGCACUGACCACCUGACUGCUGGGAGAUGAGACGCUGAUCACCGCAACAGCCGCAGGGUUGGAAGAUUCCUGUCAUUUGUGAGAAGUCUGCUACAAAGGUUUCUUACAAACUUUUGCCUCUCUCCUGUCAUGGAUCUAAAAGACUAUUACCUGUUGGGUGCCCUGCUUGCUUGCAUAUGGUUAGAUCCUUCAAUAGCCCAAGAACUCAUCUACCCCAUCAGGGAGGAGCUGCAAGAAAAUGUCCUCAUUGGAAAUAUACCGAGGGACCUUAACAUUUCCCAUACAAAUGCUGCCACUGGAGCAAGUUCUAAUCUUGUGUACCGGCUGGUCUCCAAAGCUGGAGAUAACCCUCUGGUCCGAGUUCUGAGCAGCACCGGUGAGAUAUUCACAACAUCAAACCGAAUAGAUAGGGAGAAGUUAUGCCCUGGUCCCUCCUUUGAGGACAGCGAGUGCUCCUUUGAAAUUGAAGUGGUCAUCCUGCCUAAUGAUUAUUUCAGGCUGAUUAAAAUCAAAAUAAUUGUCAGAGACACAAAUGAUAAUGCACCCAUGUUCCCAUCCCCUGUGAUCAACAUCUCCAUACCAGAGAACACGCUCAUUAACAGUCGCUUUGCUAUUCCGUCGGCCACUGACCCAGACACUGGUCCAAACAGCGUCCACAAAUAUGAGCUUAUCAAUGGGCAGAGUGCCUUUGGCUUAGACAUAGUGGAAACGCCUGAGGGGGAGAAGUGGCCCCAGCUCAUUGUGCAGCAGAAUCUGGACAGAGAGCAGAAGGAUACGUAUGUGAUGAAGAUUAAAGUGGAGGACGGUGGUAGCCCACAGAAAUCCAGCACUGCCAUUCUCCAAGUGACAGUAACAGAUGUCAACGAUAACAGACCUGUCUUUAAAGAGAGCCAGGUAGAGGUGCAUAUUCCGGAGAAUUCCCCUCUUGGCACAUCUGUUGUUCAGCUUCAGGCCACAGAUGCAGAUGUAGGGGCCAAUGCAGAGAUUCGAUAUGUAUUUGGGACUCAGGUGUCCCCGACUACAAAAAGGCUCUUUGCGCUGAACACGACAUCUGGCUUAAUUACUGUGCAGAGGCCCCUGGACAGAGAAGAGACUGCAAUACAUAAGCUCUCUGUUGUGGCUAGUGAUGGCAGCCCAAGCGUCGCCAGAGCUAUUGUCUCAAUAAAUGUGACUGAUGUGAAUGACAACCCCCCAAAUAUAGACUUGAGAUAUAUAAUAAGUCCCAUUAAUGGCACUGUUUUCCUCUCUGAGAAGGAUCCCAUUAAUACCAAGAUAGCCCUCAUCACAGUGUCAGACAAAGACACUGACAUUAACGGCAAGGUCAUUUGCUUCAUCGAGAAAGAUGUGCCCUUCCAUCUCAAAGCUGUGUAUGACAACCAGUAUCUGUUGGAGACAUCUGCACUGCUUGACUAUGAAGGGACCAAGGAAUAUAACUUCAAAAUUGUGGCUUCUGAUUCUGGAAAGCCGAGCUUAAAUCAGACUGCCUUAGUGAGAGUGAGGCUGGAGGAUGAGAAUGACAACUCGCCUAUUUUCACUCAACCCGUCAUUGAGCUGGCUGUCAUGGAGAACAACAAACGGGACCUGUUCCUGACCACUCUUAGUGCCACGGAUGAGGACAGCGGGAAAAAUGCAGAGAUCGUUUAUCAGCUGGGACCAAAUGCAUCAUUCUUUGACCUUGAUCGCAAAACAGGGGUUCUGACUGCAUCCAGAGUUUUUGACCGUGAGGAUCAAGACAAGUUCCUGUUCACGAUAACGGCAAGAGAUAAUGGGACACCACCCCUGCAGACACAAGCAGCUGUCAUUGUGACUGUGUUGGAUGAAAAUGACAACAACCCAAAGUUUACACAUAACCACUUUCAGUUUUUUGUAUCUGAGAAUCUUCCUAAAUACAGCACAGUCGGGGUAAUAACAGUGACAGAUUCUGAUGCUGGAGAAAAUGCUGCCGUUUCUCUUUCAAUACUGAACGACAAUGAAAACUUCAUAUUGGAUCCUUUCUCCGGCGUUAUAAAGUCAAACGUGUCAUUUGAUCGAGAGCAACAGAGUUCAUACACUUUUGAUGUCAGGGCUGUGGACAGUGGCAGGCCUCCUUGCUCUUCAGCUGCCAAGGUGACCAUCAAUGUCAUUGAUGUGAACGACAACACCCCCGUUGUCAUCUCACCCCCCUCUAACACAUCUUUUAAGCUCGUCCCUCUGUCCUCCAUCCCUGGAUCUGUAGUUGCGGAGGUGUUUGCUGUAGAUGGCGAUACAGGGAUGAACGCUGAACUGAAAUACACUAUUGUGCAUGGCAACAACAAGGGUCUGUUCAGGAUUGACCCAGUCACCGGGAACAUCACCCUGGAAGAAAAGCCAGCACUGAGUGACAUAGGAUUACACCGAUUAGUGGUCAACAUCAGUGAUUUAGGAUAUCCAAAGUCCCUCCAUACCCUCGUGCUGGUAUUCCUUUAUGUCAAUGAUACUGUGGGCAACUACACUCUUAUCAAUGAUCUCAUCCGCCGUAGAAUGGAAACCCCGAUCGAGCGCAAUAUCAGCGAAAGCAGUGAAAUUUAUCAAAGUGGGGACUAUUUAACAAUAAUGAUAGCCUUUGUGACUGGCGCCUUAGUUGUGAUUAUUGUCAUCUUUGUGACUGUCCUGCUGCGCUGCCGGCACACCUCCAGAUUCAAAGCUGCACAGAGAAAAAAACAGGGGACCGAGUGGAUGUCACCAAAUACAGAGAACAAGCAAAAUAAGAAGAAAAAGCGCAGGAAAAGGAAAUCUCCAAAGAGCUCCUUGCUCAACUUUGUUACCAUUGAGGGAAACAAACCUGACGACCCUGCCCACGAGCCAAUCAACGGAACCAUAAGUCUGCCCACCGAACUGGAAGAGCAGGGGAUUGGACGGUUUGAUUGGAAUGCCACACCUACGACCACCUUUAAACCAAGCAGCCCUGACCUGGCCCGACACUACAAAUCUGCCUCCCCGCAAUCAGCGUUCCACCUCAAGGCUGACACACCGGUCUCAGUGAAGAAGCAUCAUGUGAUUCAGGAACUGCCACUGGAUAACACCUUUGUUGGGGGCUGUGACACCCUUUCCAAGCGGUCCUCCACAAGCUCCGACCACUUCAGUGCCUCAGAAUGCAGCUCCCAAGGAGGGUUCAAGACAAAGGCGCCCAUGCACACCAGACAGCAGAUGUUUUGCGAUUCAAUUUCUGCACCAAACAACCCGAAACACAGAUGAUGGCAAAUUACCAGGAUUUAUCUUGAAUAUGUUUGUACACAUUUGUAUUCCUGUGAGUAUAUUUUCCACCCUCAUCUUUAAGUUUGGCAUCACUCAUAAAAUUCAGUUUUGAUCAUCGCAAUUGCUGUCAUAUAUCAAAGUGUUUGAGUGCGUGUGUGCAUGUGUGUGGUGUGUGUGUGUGUGUGUGUGUGCAUAUGAGAUUUUUCUUUGUCUGUCAUUGUUUGUUUGUCUGCCAUUUUUGGCUGACAAGCCAUUCAUCUUAAAAGUAAACCUCGUCUAUCUCUCCAAAUUCUCACAGCAAACUUGACUGAUGAUCAAUCAUCCCGAGAGUCACUAUAGGAUAUUCCUGUUCUGCAUGCACACAAAAAACCUCAACAAACAAAGAUUAUUUUGGUUUUCGUGGGACUGUGAUUACUUCAGCCAUAUUCAUGUUUUCACUAAUCCAGAAAAGACUCACAAUUUCUCUUCUGCAAUCGAUCAAGAUGACAUACUUGUGAUAUGCUUGUUUUUCCCCCAGCACUGCAUGAUAAUGAAAAAAAAACUACAAAAAAAACCAAACAAAAAAACCUUUUCACACCAUUCACGUGGCACUUGUAAAAUACGAGUAGAGGGUGGAAGAAAAUGUUUCUUGACCUGUUGCUUGUCUUUAAGGAUGAUAUACAGUAUAAGUUAUAAUGGUGCAUCAUUGUGUGAAUGCCCUCACCCCAAGAACCCAUCUCUUCUUUUCACCACUCACCUGCCCAACUCCCACUACCAAUUGCUCCCUCCCACCUACUUCCCUCAGUCACACCUUUCACCCAUCUUUUAUCGGGGUCAGGGCUGUUACUUGUAAUGUUAAAUUCCGGAUGGCAUGACCACCUUUUUUGUUUUUUGAUCAUUUGUGACAGAUGGGAGUGCUUUGUGUUCAGUGCCCACUUUGCUUCCUGGGAAUGGUCGGGGAGGGGUGGUGGUGUAAAAGAUGGGCAAAGCAUUACUGUAUGUUCUGACAUGACAAACCCAGAGGGAGACAUGUCUUUGUCAUUCAGUUAUUGCUACAUUGAAGCACGGGCCGCUUCUCGGCUACUAGCUUGUGCCUAUGUCCAAGCUAAUAGUUGUGAUAAUGGCUUUGCCAGACAAACACGCCCAAAGCUAAUCGAGGGGGGUGGGUCAGGAAUUGUUUGACGUGAAAUGUAACUGCAAUUGACUGCUGUGCUACAAGGUCUCAUCACUCACAAAAAACUCUGUAACCCUCAUCAAUGUAAAUUUUUAUUGUGCAUAUGAGAUGUUUCAUGUAAAUUGAACUCCUGGUAAUCUUGCCUAAUGUGCUGUGUUAAAGAAUAUUGGACUUUUAUUUUGUUUUA